AUGAUUUUGGAAUUUUGUUUUAGUGAUUUCAUCAUCAACGAUUUUGGAAUCGUGGUGUACUGUGUUUUACUAGGAGUUGUUGUGAAGUCGAUGGAGAAACCAAGGUUAGUGUUGAAGUUCAUCUGGAUGAAGAAAAACAUCGGUCUUGCAUCAGACCAAGUGAUUCCAGGAUACGAGAAUAUUCCAUUAAGUCCUUACUAUUUUUUGCCAAGGAAACAUGCUUGGGAAGUGCUUAAGGUUGAUACUAUUCACAAAUUGAUAGAGAUGAUUGCUAUUUAA